GAAGAGAGAGGAGGGAGUGUAGGGACAGGCAGAAGGAGACAAAGAGCCAGAAUAAAGGCAGCAGAGGAGACACCAGACAACAGCAGGCAGAGGCUGACGACAUCCCACCAGAAAAAUGCCCAAUUUUGCUGGCAACUGGAAAAUGAAGAACAGCGAGAAUUUCGACGAGUUGCUCAGGGCACUGGGUGUGAACUCAGUGCUGAGGACGAUAGCGGGGGCAGCAGCAUCAAGGCCCAAUGUGGAGAUCAGGCAGGACGGCGAACACUUCCACAUCAAAACCUCCACCACAGUCCGCACCAUGGAGAUUGACUUCCUCAUCGGUGAGGAGUUUGAGGAGGAGACAGUGGACCGCAGAAAGUGUAAGAGCUUGGCCACGUGGGAAACGGAGAACAAGAUUUACUGCAAACAGACUCUAUUGAGCGGGAGCGGACCAAAGACCUUCUGGAGCCGAGAACUCCGAGGAGAUGAACUCAUUCUGAUUAUUGGAGCUGAUGAUGUGGUGUGCACAAGGACCUACAUACGUGCAUAGCACACCCAUGUCCAACACGUAACACGUCAGUCCAUGUCUCUAGUGGGUGUGUGAACAAACUACACAUACAAAUCUCAAAUAAUUAGUUCUGACAUUCGGCAUUAUGCACCUUCAUUAAAUGUCAGCUGGAUAUUGCUGCUUUUCUCCCUUUUGUAUUGUUAAUUCCCUUUAUUUUUGACGAGACUUUAAUACAACAACAAUAAUAAAAAAGUGGCCUGUACCAUAGACAUGGUUUCUACAGGGGUAGCAAAGAUAAAUAUGACUACUUCAAUUAUAUAUUUUUAAGAAGAAAGAAAGAAAGGAAGACAAAGGUCUACAUAGAAUCUUAACAUGGUGCACACAUGCACUGGCAACAAUGACAGUGUCUGUUCCAGUAGUAAUGUAUAAUAAAUCUUUCUGGCAAUAUCUCUCGUCAAGAGCAGCAGAAAAUGAUGAUUAGACGAAGGAAUAUUAAUUAUUAAAACAUAAAUAAAUUCAUUUAAGGUAUCCAACAUUAACACUAGGUCACCUUUAAGAUAAAAGAUAAACACAGACAAACAUUCAGGUAACUAAAUCAGUGUUUUUGUGACAUUUUCAGAUAUGUUAAGACUAUCUUUCCACCUAAUAGUAGUAGUUACAAAACUGACAACUUUUAGUGUAAUAUGGCUAAAAAUAAGUUAUUUCAAUUAUUGAAGGGGAAGGUGGAAUCAUCGUCAGCAGAAAACCAGAGGAAAUAUCUGUAAGUAUGUCAGAUUUGAGAAGGUUUUUUGGCAAGCUCUCACAAAAAACAUGACCUUUUUCUAGUUUUAAUUAAAUGAUAUCAAACAUUCCUAUUAAGUAUUAGAAAGAAAAGGCUUGUAUCAGCAGCAGUGCUGCAGGUGUGGAGGUGACCAUCACAGUGUGACCCAGGAGAAAGACCUGCAUGCAAACACAUCAGCAGCAAUGAAACAGGAAGUGAUCAAACCCAGUUUGUUUCUAUUCCGAUAAUAGUUUAAUGUAAAACACCAUACUAACACUCAGGUACAACAUCAACAAAAGCAAGAGAAAAGACAAACAGAAUGAGGUACAAACAAUGUCUUUAUGUACAACCAGCUCCACUCGCUGGACUUCUUAUGGGAUUCAGUAACAAACGUCGCACAGUUACAAAAAUAAGAACGUGUUCCAAGAUUGUCUACAGCUGCUUACUGACUAAACUCUUUAAAUGCAGGUGAAUUCUGCAGGAUGACAUGUGGCUAGUCCGAGUGUCUACUAAAACCUUCACGUUUCUGCUCUUGUUUGCGAGCCAAAAAAAAAAAAGAUCCUCACGUUUACGCAAGGAAAAUCACACAUUAAUGUGAUGGAUAU